AUGUCUCUGGAGAGCGCCUUCCACGGGCGGCUGGUGCUGGGCGCGGUGCUCAGCAGCGCCACCGGAGGCUUAGUGCUGCUUCUGACGCUUCUCUCAGCGGAGGCCCUGCGCUUCUUCUGCGCUUUGGCUGCCUGGGCGGCCCUGAGUGCGGGCCGGGUGAUGUGCCUCGCCGCCGUGCGGCGGACACCGCCGCCGCCGAUUUCGACGCUUCGGCUUUCGCCCCGCGUCCUGCUGGAGCUCUUGGCCCUAGUGUUCCUCUCCUUGGGCUGCUGCCUCUCCGCGGCCGCGCUGGGCGAGUCGGAGUCCUGGGCCAUGGCUUUUGUGCUCGCCCUUGUGGCGCAGAUACGACAGCCCGGGAGGACGGGCCUGCGCUGGGAUCACUUCCCGCAGGAGGCGGUGCAUCGCAAGGUCAAAGCGAGGCUCCCGUGGAUCGUCGGUUGCAGCGCCUUGAUGGCUGUUGCCUGCAUGACGGUGACCAGCCUCUUGCUGGACAGCAGCUUCAGCUGGUGGCCCUGGUUUGUGACCGGCCUGGUGGUCUUUUCGUCCGUGGGCCUGCAGGAGAUCCUUAUGGAGGGCAGUACCUGGCACGCGCUGGACAAGGACGAGCUGCUGGAGGCCUUGACGCAACCGCUGAGCUGCGAAGGCCCUGGUCUGUCGAGGUGGCUGGCGAUGGCUACUUUGGCGCGGGCGAUUGUCACGAAGCACCAGGGCCACGGUCACGCAGCGUGGCUGCCGGAGAGUCAGCUGCCCCCCAUGGCUGCUCAGGUCUUUGGUCUCAGCAAAGCUGGCUCCGCAGCAGCGCUGCAGGCGGACGGGCGCAGCUUUUUUGCGGUCUACCUUCAAAGCGGCUUGGAGGUGCUCCGUGAGUUUACCAUCCGAGCGCAGUGCAUCGUGACAUACUCUUGGCGGUCUCCGAAGACCUUAGACCUGGCACAGAUGCAGGUCUUGGAGGCUCAGGUCCUGCAGCUGGCGCCGCUCAUGAGGAGUGUGCAGAGAUUUGCCAUGUCAGAUCAGAUGCCCCUUUGCCAGGGCUGA